AUGGUGCAGUUCAUUUCCAAUACCCGACCAUCCACAGUUGGUCAAAUGCAUCCACUCAGUAGUCCGUUACUCUAUGCUCAGCUUCGUCCGUUCACCCUUUCACAACCGAUCGUGGCAUCGGCAACUCCGACCCCGACCAAGGACUGCACGGGCCCUGAAGGCAUACCAGCAGCAGCUGAGCUACUCGAUACCACCGGUGCUCGUGAGGAACCAAAUGCUGCCAAUACCAGUCCAGAAACUGACAUGGGUUCAAACAAAGAACGCAAUGACAUGAACGUGAUCACAUUGACGCAGGACAGUCAGUCUAAAGAUGCCGGUAUAAAAACGACAAAUGUGGAAAACGCAUCUCAGUCGCCAACGGAAUCAGAUCAUCAUUCGCUAAGUUCGACUGCACUUCUGGAGGCGAACCGUACAACCCGAAUCAAAGUUCGCGUGAAGCCACCACCGCUCAAUUUGAAGGCCGCUCAAAAUCAAAUCUUACGCUGCACUGUAUCUCCGUCUUCGGUGGAAAAUUUGCCAAAACAUUGCACCCCAGCCAACCCGGUGGAUCGACGUCCGUUUUCCGCGAAUCUAGUCAAUCGCGAUCUGAAGCGCAAAUUGACAGACACUUCUGACACGCAUUCAGACAGUGCUCUCACACAUUGUUUGGUUGUGGUUUGUGCUAUGUGUCAAGCAGAUCUAAAUAUGAGAGUCCUGAUCAUAUUAAAAUUAAACAAGCCAGAAUAUGUCGUCCGGGUGCGAUUUGGUCUCUCAAUGUCUUUCAUGAAAGCUGGGUUCAAAUCCACAUUGAUUCAGCCGGUGAUGCAGCCACCAGAGGAUAAAUGCGAUUUGAUGGAGGAUUUUACUCAUUAUGUGUCUAUUGAUGAUCGUCUUUUUGAAGAAAUCACCUGUUUGGAAUUUGAUGAUGAAGAAUCAUUAGAUGAAUUCGCUUCAAAUCAAGCUAAGCAUCGUAAAGAAGAUGAAUAUGAGGCAAUGAAUGCGCCGGAAGUUAUCUCAAUCAGAGAGGCGCAGAAGUUAUUGGAUCAAUUGAAGCUGUUUGCCUUGGCUAAUGCUCGGAGUUCGGGUCAGUUACUGGGUGAACGAUAA